GAAGGGGAAGUCCCUGCCUGCCUUGGGGGAAGAGGCUGGACCGCCCAGGCACUUGUUGCAGAGGAGGACGGACUGGUCCGGUGGAAUUUCCUUGGCCGCCUCCCUGGCAUUGCGCGGAGUCCCCCGAGGAAAAAGCAAAGAGAGACCAAGCUGGUUGAUGCCCUCGAGCUGCCAUGAAGACCUUGCUUCGAUGCUUCUGGAGCCUGCGGCCGCCUCCUUACACUCUCUUUCGCCAAGCCAAGAGACACCUGGCCCAUCCGAUCAUCUCGCAUUAUGAAGCUAUAAACCAUGGUGAACAGGAUGUGCCCGAGUACUUUAAUUUUGCCAGGGAUGUUCUGGACAGGUGGACCCAAGAGGAAAAGGAUGGAAAGAGGCCUCCGAACCCAGCCCUCUGGUGGGUGGACGACCAGGGCAAAGAGGUGAAGUGGAGCUUUGAGGAGCUAGGAGUCUUAUCCCGGAAAGCUGCCAACAUGCUGGUCGAUCCCUGCGGCUUACAGGCGGGCGACAGGGUCAUGGUGGUUCUCCCCAAGGUUCCUGAAUGGUGGCUGAUGAACGUGGCUUGUAUCCGGACAGGUGUUGUUUUAAUCCCAGGGACACCCCAGUUAACCGCCAAAGACAUCUCCUACAGGCUACAGGCUUCCAAAGCCAAAUGCAUCGUGGUCAGCGACGCCUUGGCCCCCGCAGUGGACUUGGUCCUGUCCGAAUGCACAUUUCUGAAAACCAAGCUUCUUGUGUCCGACAGCAGCAGAGAUGGCUGGCUGAACUUCAAGGAUCUCGUCCAAGCAGCGCCUGCCGACCAUGACUGCGCCAAGACCAAGAGCGAGGACACAGUGGCCAUUUACUUUACAAGCGGAACCACGGGAGCUCCCAAAAUGGUGGAACAUUCCCACUGCUGCCACGGCAUUGGAUUGAUAUCUGCCAGCAGGCGUUGCAUGGCUUUGUCUCCUUCGGCUAUAUUCUGGAACACGUCGGACCCAGGAUGGAUUAAGACGACCUGGAGUGGUGUUUUUGGUCCGUGGAUCAAUGGGUCAUGCGUCUUUGUACAUCGCCUGCCGCAAUUCGAACCUGCCAUCGUACUGAACACUCUUGCCCGAUACCCAAUCACCACUUUCUGCACAGCUCCUACAGGAUUCCGUAUGUUGGUGCAGCAGGAUCUUGCCAGCUACAAAUUCCCAAGCCUGAAGCAUUGUGUGACGGGAGGGGAACCGCUCAACGCAGAGGUGUUGCAGCAAUGGAAGACCCAAACAGGGGUGGAUAUCUAUGAAGGCUAUGGACAAACAGAAACAGUAGCCAUCUGUACGAAUGUUAAAGGGAUGAAAAUCAAACCGGGCUCCAUGGGAGUGGCGUCUCCACCAUAUGAAGUCCAGAUUGUGGAUGAUGAAGGCAAAAUUCAGCCUCCAGGGGAAGAAGGGGACAUUGCUAUCAGAAUCAAACCGAAGCGGCCUUCUUUCCUUUUCUCACGGUACUUAGAUAACCCUGAGAAAACCGCAGCCACCGAGCGUGGCGAUUUUUAUGUCACUGGAGACAGAGGGAUUAAAGAUGAAGAAGGCUAUUUCUGGUUUGUCGGAAGAUCAGAUGAUCUGAUUAAUUCUGCCGGGUAUCGUAUCGGCCCGUUUGAAGUGGAGAGCGCCUUGAUAGAGCACCCGGCUGUGGUGGAAUCAGCUGUGGUCAGCAGCCCAGAUCCCGUGAGAGGAGAGGUGGUGAAAGCCUUUGUCAUCCUGUCUCCUGCCUUUAAAUCGCAUGAUCCAGAAAAAUUAAUCAAGGAGCUCCAAGAACAUGUGAAAAAGGUGACCGCUCCUUACAAGUAUCCUAGAAAGGUUGAGUUUGUCCAGGAGUUGCCCAAGACGGCAGCAGGGAAAAUCCGAAGGAACGUAUUAAGGAACCGAGAAUGGGGAAGAGUGUAGCUCUGGCUGAACAUCUGCAAACCAAGAACCUUCCUGCAGUACUGUUGUUUGUUGGCAAAUACUCUCCCUUAAGGUUGCUUCUAAAAGUCUCAUCUGAUUCUUCCCUCACCUGAAAUGUUGGACUUGCAGUUUCCCUUCUUUCCAAAGUGGAACCAUGAUGUGUCAGGAACCCUCAAUCAUUCUGUCUCUCCCCCCCUUUUUUUGAAUGAGAUUGGGGAACCUGUAGCUCUUCAGGUGAUGAUCAACUUCCAUUGGUCCCAGCCAACAACAACCAUUUUAUUUUUUGUACUCCACCCAUCUGAUUGGGUUGCCCCAGCCACUCUGGGCAGCUUCCAACAUCUGUAAAAACAUAGUAAGACAUCACACAUUAAAUGGCAUCCCUAUACAGGGCUACCUUCAGUGGUCUUCUAAAGGUUAUAUAGUUACUCAUCUCCUUGACAUCGGAUGGAAGGGUGUUCCACAGGGUGGGUGCCACUACUGAGAAGGCCCUCUGCCUGGUUCCCUGUAGCUCCACUUCUUGCAGUGAGGGAACCACCAGAAGGCCCUUGGAACUGGAUCUCAGUUUCUGGGCCGAACAAUGGGAGUGGAGACACUCUUUCAGGUCAGGGGUGAUGCGAGUUGGAGUCCAGCAACAUCUGAGGGCCACGAUCCCCAAGCCUUGUUGUAGUAGAGACAAACAUCCAGUUUUCAUUUGAUUUCCUUUCUCUGCUUAACUGAUCAGCACAGUUGCAUUGAUGAAACAUUGCCAAAAACACUGUUCACGUAUGUGCAAUUACAUCAAGAGUUUUGAUAAGGAGGGCCAAAGUUCCGUAGUAGGGGAUAUGCUUUGCAUGCAGGUCAGAUCCUGUUCCCAUUCUCUCCACUGAUGGGUUAGGAACAGACCCCUGUCUAAAACCCCGGGAUUGCUGCCACCCAGUCUAGACCAGGGAUAGAGAACCUGUGGUCUUCCAGAUGGAGUUUUAGGGCUGAUGGGAGCGAGUAUCGACACUGGCAUGGCCUUGUGGUUAGGGGGACGACAGAAGUUGAAGUCCAACAAAUAUCUUCGAGGACUGCAGAUUCUCCUUCCCUGAUAUGGACUUAAGGCAGAAAGUGGAUGAGUUGAGGCCAGACUCCUAUCUUGUGCCUAGUUCCCAAAGGCCUGACAGAUGUCAUGGUUUUUAUGUUUUGUUGCUAAUAUACAAUAUUAGCUAAUAUAAAAUAUUUUUUGUUGCCGAUAUAAAAUAUGCUACAAAUGUUGAUCACCUCAAGGAUCAAACUCAAAUAGGAGUUUGAGGGUGCUAGUAGAUAGAAUUAAUCCCUAAGAAGUGUUGUGUGAAAACCCUAGGACGCAAACCCUGCAGUGUUAACCAUCUGUACCUCCAGAUGGUUUCAGGACCUCCAGAUGACGGAGAGCAUCUGGACCAUCGAUUUGGCCUACCUGAUGCGUCAUUUUGGGGUGAAGCAUCGUUUCUGCACACAGACCCUGGGGGUGGAUAAGGGCUACAAGAACCAGUCAUUCUACAGGA